CCACCGAGUCUGUCGCUCACUCAAUCCGGAUUCUAACCUGCUCCCAAAGUUCCCAACCAUGAGGACAAACGUAUGGAUUUACCACGCUUUGGUGUGUGUUGUGGUCACUAUAUUGGACACAGGAUGCUGUAGAAGGACUCGUCAGUCAUUACAGAGGUAUGAGAAGACUGAGAGCCACAUGCUGGUUUGCACAGACUGUCCUCAGCCCCCUUUGGUACGAAAGAACCAAUCACAGGAAAGUUGUGCCCGAAAGUGUAAGAAGGUCAAGAAAAACUUUAACUGCAGGGCUUUCAACUUUCAAAGGCACAACAGGAAAUGCCACUUGCUUCCCUUUGACCGGUUCACCCAUGGUGUGAAGAAGCAGGCCAACGUCAACUUUACUUUGUAUGAAAAAAAAGAUUAUAUAAGGGAGUGUAUCAUCGGCACCAAGGACAACUACAGAGGGAGGAGGUCUUGGACAAAGUCAAACAUCACUUGCCAAGCUUGGUCAGAUAAUAACAUCAAUGAGCACACGUUUUAUCCUGAUAGGUACCCGACACAAGACCUGAGGGAGAACUUCUGUCGCAAUCCCAACAACGAUCCUGGUGGUCCGUGGUGCUACACCACUGACCCCAACGUACGAGCAGAGGAGUGUGGCAUACCACAGUGUUCAGAGGAUGUCUGUAUGGUGUGUAAUGGGGAGGAUUACCGAGGCAAAAUGGACCAUACAGAGAGCGGCAAGGAGUGCCAGCGAUGGGACUCAACAAGGCCUCACAAACACCACUUCCAGCCCAAAAAGUAUCGAGACAAAGAUUUAAAAGACAACUACUGCCGUAACCCGGAUAAUCGUCUCCGUCCCUGGUGCUACACCAUGGAUCCCAAAACUCCAUGGGAGUACUGCAACAUCACUGUGUGUGAGUCGGACUCCGGUGAGGACACAGAUGUCAAUGUAACAACAUCCUGUGUCCAGGGAGAGGGCACAGAUUACCGAGGCACAAUGAAUGUCACUCCUGAGGGUGUGACGUGUCAGCGCUGGGACUCUCAGUUCCCCCAUAACCACUCAUUUCUUCCUCAGAACUUCAAAUGCAAAGACCUCAGAGAGAACUACUGCCGUAACCCUGAUGGUGCAGAUUACCCAUGGUGCUUCACUACAGACCCUAAUCAGAGGAUAGCCAACUGCACCCACAUCCCCAGGUGUGAUUCUGAGGCCACACAAAAAAUAGAGUGUUACGAAGACAACGGAGAGACAUACCGGGGCACUUUAUCCAUAACUCGUUCUGGGAUUCCCUGUGCAGACUGGUCACAUCACAUAAACAGUGGGGAUUCUCACUCUACAGAAUCCCAUGUAGGGCUGGAGAAGAACUACUGCCGGAAUCCAGACCGGGACAAGCAUGGCCCCUGGUGUUACACCAACCCAAAUAACCGCUUGGCCUGGGACUACUGCAAACUAAAGCACUGUGAAUCAGCUACAGUGGCUCCUCAACCAAACACUCUUACCAGACCCAAGAUUUCAUGCUUCGUGCAUAUAAAUACCAGAAUAGUUGGAGGACAUCAAGUGCGAGGUACAGAUGGCAGCUGGGUUGUAAGCAUCCAAAGAGAGACGGUUCAUUUGUGUGGUGGCUCACUGAUCAGAGAAGACUGGGUUUUGACGGACCAACAAUGCUUCACCUCCUGUGUUCCAGAUCUCAGGGAUUACAGUGUGCAGGUUGGUCUGCGCCACCUCAAUGAGUCCUCAAACCACCCGAGGCUACGCAUCUCUCGUCUGAUUUGUGGCCCAGAAGGAUCCAACCUUGUUAUGCUGAAACUAACAGAUCCUGCGCCUGUGUCUGAGGGGGCCUCCACUAUUCAUCUUCCAGUAAAAGACUGUCACAUCACCGAAGGCAGCAACUGCACCAUGUAUGGAUGGGGGGAAACCAAAAAUACAGGACAUGAUGAGGCACUGAACACUGUAACCAUGCCUAUGGUCAACAAUGACAUGUGCUCACAAAUCAAAGGAGACGCUGGGGAAAGCAGAGUAUGUGCCGGUGGCAAAAGAGGAGAAGGUGUAUGUGAUAAAGAUAAUGGCGGUCCGUUGGUCUGCCAGGAACAUGAGCGCAAAGUCAUCAUAGGUGUGAGCAUUCAAAGGACAAAAUGUGCCUCGUCGCAGCCUGCACUUUUUGUUAAUGUUGCUUUCUACUCAGAGUGGAUUUAUAAAGUGUUCAAACUUUACCCCAGUUUGGAGAGGAACUAAAAUAUCAUGGUGUGAAAAUUAGCUCCAUGCACACAGACUGCGAGAAGAGGAGCAACUUUGGGGCCAGAAAAUUCCAAGACCGCUCCAGCCUGGACCACGGGGGAGAAAUUCGGAAAAUCACGUUAUGGAAAGCGGCCAUUUUGGGAUUUUGUGGCUGAAUUUGUCAUUUUACCGAGACGACAGAUACUGGUGAUGGAAGACUGGAAAUAAUAAAAUGGAAUCUCACCCGUUCCUCCACUUUACAAAUGAAGACAUGCAGGCUGUUAGCCUUGACCACCUACCAUUUUUUUACAACAGUUUUACAACGUCCCAGGCACAUGGACAGCGUACCAAUUGUAUUUUUGACAUUUUCAGAAUUUUUGAAGCCAUGCAAACAAAGACAAUGAGAAUGACACCUGUGACUCAGUAUUAUCUCCUGGAAUAUACUUGAAUUUUGACAGAGCCCAGAUCCAUGUUGGAUACCACCCAAGGUAGCCUUCUGUGACUGGGAUUUCUUUCUUUCUUUUCUUUCCUUUUUUUUUUUUUAAUUGAG